CAGGCUUUACUGGGGCGUCUCGGUAGAGAGUUUUCCUAAUGAAAAUGGCGACCGUUACUUUAAAAUAAUUUAUCCAACCUUAUCUGGGAGUUUUAUUUUCAAGACGUUUUCCUAUAUAUAAUUUUUUGCUGUCAUUAUCUUGAAGUUUAUUAUUUUAAUAUGCUUUUGUAAUUAAAGUGGAUUGACGUUAGUAAUAUACCGAUACAAUUAUAUUGUUUAUACUUUUAUCUUUGUCAACAUAAUUUCAAAAUGACUGUGAAGGAUGAUGAGUAUGAUUAUUUAUUCAAAGUUGUAUUAAUUGGUGAUUCUGGCGUAGGAAAAUCAAAUCUGCUUUCGCGUUUCACUCGCAAUGAGUUUAAUCUUGAAUCCAAAUCUACUAUUGGUGUUGAAUUUGCUACAAGAAGCAUUCAAGUUGGAGGAAAAGUUAUAAAAGCUCAAAUUUGGGAUACUGCUGGUCAAGAAAGGUACAGAGCAAUAACCAGUGCUUAUUAUCGUGGUGCUGUUGGUGCUCUGUUAGUUUAUGAUAUUGCAAAACAUAUAACUUAUGAAAAUGUUGAGAGGUGGCUGAAAGAACUUAGAGAUCAUGCUGAUGCAAAUAUAGUUAUUAUGUUGGUUGGAAAUAAAUCAGAUCUGCGCCAUCUAAGAGCUGUUCCAACAGAAGAAGCUAAAGCUUUUGCAGAAAAAAAUGAACUCUCAUUUAUUGAAACUUCUGCUUUGGAUUCUACAAAUGUAGAAGUUGCGUUUCGAAAUAUUUUAGAAGAAAUUUACCAUAUUGUAUCUCAAAAGCAGAUACAUAAUGCUUCAAAUCGAACGGGAAAUCAACCGAGCGAUAACGUUCAAACAAUCCAAGUAGCACCAACUGUAGAAAUCGAUCAACGAAAGUCAGUUAAAUGCUGUCAAACUUGAAAAUUUAUUUAUUUGCAAUUUUUUAUAACUGUUCAAAUUCGAAUUCUCAAUAGGGCAACCUAUUUUAACAAGUAUAUGUUAUUAGUUAUAUGUUUAUAACUUUUUCUGGUAAAAUCUUUUUUAUUUUAUAUUUCGUAUAUAUAUUGUUUUUUUAUUAUUAAUUUUUUUUUUAUUAUUGUUAUUGUUAUUCGGUGAUGUACUUGAGGCGAUGUCGGUGAUGUCAUUUUUUUAUGCAAAAAGUUUUUUUUGUUUUUGUUUGUGAAAAACUUUCUCUUCAUUUUUAAUCGUUGCAUUAUCUUCGAAUGUUUUCCGAUGGAGAGCAAUGUUUUUGUUUCUUUUCUUCUAGUCUUCUGUGUUCGGUUAACAUAGUUUGCGCUUCACAUGGUUUUGUUUUCUGGUCUUUUUUUUUUGUUUGUUUUUUUUUUGAAGAUUUAAUAUUUUACUCACUCAAAAUGUAAAUUAUUGUAUUAAAAAUAUGUUCUUCUUUUUGAAGUAGAAAUAUAUAAUGGUUUCUUAAACUAUUACAAAGUUUUUCAGUUAGUAAUAGGAAAAUUCGUGUUAUUGUAUUUCGUUCUCUCGAUUUUCAAAUUUCUUUAAAUGAUAAUUGUAUGUAAUUAUUGUAUUUGAAUAUGUAAAAGUUUGUAUUUAAAAUGUUUAAACUUAUCGCGUAUUGUAUCAUUUUUUAAUUGCAUGAAUACUUUAUUGUGGUAUAUGAGUUACUAUUACUUGCUAGUUUAAAUGAAUUACAACUUGUAUUGCCAUUUUUUUUGGUCUUACCUUGUUUGUAAUAUAUAUUUAAUGUUGAGAUA